UCUCGCAUUGGUUUUGGCAAUGUAUGGAUGUGCGAUCUUGCACUCUUAAACUUUUGUUGUUUUUACCUACGGUGUAGUGAUUUUGUGCUAUUUAACUAUGCCUCCUAAGCGUCUGAUGUCAAGUCCUGGGCCAUCAGUCAAGCUGCACAGAACGACUUUAACACUUGAAAAAAAGUUAGUAAUUAUAAACAGGGCGGCGUCAGGUGAAGAUAACACAGCUCUGGGACGCCACCCUGUGCAGUUGCGGUCUGAUAGCUGAGUUAGGCAUCACACCAAAGCAGGUGUUUAAUGCAGACGAGACAGGGCUUUUUUGGAAGCGUAUGCCGAAAUGCAUUUUCGUAAGUAAGGAUGAAAGAACUGCGUCAGGUUUCAAGGCAGUAAAGGAUAGAUUGACUUUGCUUUUGUGUUCCAAUGCUGAAGGAGACUAAGAUGAAGCCUCUCUUAGUUUACCAUUCACUAAACCCCCGUGCUCUUAAGGGUUAGAGUAAGAAGCCUCUCAGUGGAGCGCGGAAAUCAAUUUGGGCGGAGUGUGUGCACACCCUCAAGGGGUUUCCUGCCUUCACUGCAGCUGUCCAGGAUUGUGUGGCCCUGGGCUGUAAAGUUGGUGGGGAAGGAUUCUCAGAUCUCAAGACUGCUGAUGUGGUAGAACCCCUGGGUUCUCAUGAAGAAUUAAGUGUGGAUGACCUUCUGCGUUUAACUCAGACAGAAGGUGAUAACGAUGAAGAAGAAAGUGUCGAGUUGCAGGUGAUUUGAUGGAGGGCGAGCUUUAUUCUGCACUUCGUGAAGAGGAAGCAUCAGAAUCUACUGCCAGCACUAACUUCAAUGGCGAGAUGCAUUUCUAUGAGCAGGUGGAAGACACUAAAGAUGGAAUAUGGCUGGUCCAAGUUGUGGCUAAAGAUAAGGAUCCUUUAUUGGGCAAGGAUCAAUGGCACAAGAUGGUGAAGAAAGUGUCGCAGUUUGGUAUACGUACAGGAGCUUUCAAUUGUUCCAGUGACCCCAGAUACUGUAGCAAACGAGAUUGGUUGAAAUCUACACUCAUAAUGUCCAUUCCACAAACCAACACCUCAAAAGGGAAAGUAAUGCUUAAAGAGUAUCAUGGACGAAGGAUUGAAGUUGAGCACAUUUUUAAAUGGAUAAACACCCAUGUGGCAUCUCGGAUUAAAACAAUCAGAAGUCCCGAUCAGUUAAUGGAAGAAUGGAAUAAAAGUGAUCGAUACCAUGUAAAGAUAUAUUUGUUUGCAAGCCUCGACCAGCCACCUGCUUUCUACUCUGUUCUCAGUGUAAAAUUUACAGGACGUGUGGAAUUCAUUUUUGUUGAUGUUCAGAAGUGGAACAGUGACAGGCACAUGAAGGAGAUUGGUAUUGAUCAAUUCCCAGCAUAUAUCGUGAAAACUCCUGAAGGUAUCUAUAAAUAUGGAAACAAGACAGGGGAGUUUAUAUCACAUCAUGCAAUGGAUGUAUUUCUUCGAUCGUUACAGCCUGAAGUAAAUGAUCUCUUUGUCUUGAGUCUAGUUCUUGUUAAUUUAAUGGCAUGGAUGGACUUAUUUAUAACACAAGGUGCCACAAUAAAGCGAUUUGUGGUUCUUAUAAGCACACUAGGUACUUAUAACUCCUUAUUAAUAAUGUCCUGGCUACCCAUAAUAGGAUUUUUGCAGUUACCAUAUUUGGAAAGCUUUUAUGAAUAUAGUUUAAAGUUUCUGCGGUAUGCCAACACAACCACUUUGGCUUCUUGGGUUCGAGCUGAUUGGACUUUCUAUUCAUCUCAUCCUGCUCUAUUUCUCAGCACAUACCUGGGCCAUGGUUUGUUAAUAGAUUACUUUGAGAAAAAGCGAAGACGUAAUAAUAAUGAAGAUGAGGUAAAUGUGAAUAACCUUGAAUGGCUGUCAAGCCUGUGGGACUGGUAUACAAGCUACUUGUUCCAUCCAAUUGCUUCAUUUCAGCACUAUCCUCAUAAUUUAGAUUGGGAGGAAGAUCCCGAUUUGUUGUUGGAGAGACUCGCAUUCCCGGAUCUGUGGCUGCAUCCAUUAAUACCAACAGAUUACAUAAAGAACCUACCAACAUGGCGAUUUAAAACGAUUGCAGGGCAUUCUGAAGAUGAAGUAAGUGAAAGCUGGCAUGAGACUGACAGUGAUUCUGAAAGUGAAAGCCAUGAUGUGUGCAAUAAAUCAAGGGUAAAUGAUAGUGAAGAGGCAAGUAGGCUCCAGACACUUGCAGAAGGAAAGGUGCAAACUAGUGAAGAAACUAAUACCUGUGAAGUAAAUUCUGGCAAUGCAUGUCGGUGCACACCAAAAUCACACAGAAACACAAACAUCACUGAAGGUGAUGAACCAGAUUGGUCUACCUGGCCCAGUAACAUGCUCCAUUGCUCAGAAUGUGUGGUGUGCCUGGAGAAUUUUCAGAAUGGUUGCUUAAUAAUGGGACUACCCUGUGGUCAUGUGUUCCAUCAGCAAUGUAUUGUGGUCUGGCUGGCAGGAGGACGACACUGUUGCCCUGUAUGCAGAUGGGCUUCAUACAAAAAGAAGCAUUGUUUCGUCAGAUAAGAACAGUGGCUCAGCGAUGUUUUCAACCAAUAUUUCAGGCUCUUAAAUAUCUAAUACUUAAAUAUGCAUUGUGAUGUUUGUUGUUCAUGUUUGUGCUUUUAUGUGAUUUGAAUUUAGGUUUUAUGUAGAAUUUAUUUUGAGCUGAUCCACAAUAUAACUACACUACAUUUAUUAAUGAGUCUACUACCAGUCUUGUUAAUUUCUGGAUGCUUUACAACAAUAGCACAAUAAAUCUUGUUAAUUCUGUUUUGGUAUGUUCAACCAUUAAACUAUCACCAAACAGUGAAUGUAGAAGACCUCCUGAUUUGAGAUUUUGUUAGAAGAAUAUUAAAUUUAAAAUAUUUGUCUUGUUCUAAAUAAUUUCUUUAUCUGGUUGCAGAACAUUGGGCGGUAUUUCAUUACCUAGAUCUGGGAACAGCUCAUAGCUAUUUUGAAGUGCAAAUCUUAUUCUAAAAGGGCGUCAAUAAAAAGAUGUAUAAUCAUUCAUAUUGAAGCAUUUUUGCAGACAUUUUGAAUAGCAUUCAAGACAUCAUUUGAAAAUGGAAGAAAAACAUGGUUCAAUAAAACCAUUUCACGCACACAACCAUUACUAAGAUGCUUAGCACUUUAUUCCCAACUUUAUUGGAUAGUUCAUAAACUGAAUGUACCUUAAAUAGAUGUAGCUUGCUGAAUCACUGUAUUUUGUGCUAGGGAAUAAUUUUUUUAUUCAGAUUUUUUUAAAUGAAGGCCAAAGUCUCAAUACAUAUAGCACUGAGGUUAAAACAACGAAGUUCAUGUAGCAAUUGUGUUAGCCAUUGAAAAAGCCAAGAUUGUCAAAGUGAGAUGAAGAAGUAAAUAUAUAUUAUAGUGUGUAUGUAUAUACAGAUA